UUCCUUGAAAAGAGCGGUGAGGCUGGGGAGCAAUAGUUCCGAGGCAGCCAGUUGUUACAUGGCUUUUGUCUUAAGGAAGCCACCCAUUACGGUAUGAUGAUGUCAAACGUGAUGCUGAUGCUACAGUUACAGACACAGCCCCUGCUGGCGCAGCCUCUCUGAUUUUCUCUCCCUCUCCGCGUCCAGCGCUGGGCUUUUUCAGGCAAGUGCAUCUCCUAACCAGGUCACAUUUCAGCGGCGACCCACUAUCCGUCAGUCACUGGAGUCAGACCGCAGGAGGAGGGCUGAGGAAGACGGCAGCGUUUGCUCGCCAACUGCGGGGUGGGAGGAAGGACGUUCAAAUACUGCAGAAGUCGAGACCCCCCAGAUCGAACCCGGACCACGAUGCGCACCCCGGGCUGCGGGCGGCUGGCGCUGCCGCUGCUGCUCCUCGCCACGGCCGCCCUGGCCGAAGGCGACGCCAAAGGGCUCAAGGAGGGCGAGACCCCCGGCAAUUUCAUGGAGGACGAGCAAUGGCUGUCGUCCAUCUCGCAGUACAGCGGCAAGAUCAAGCACUGGAACCGCUUCCGAGACGAGGUGGAGGAUGACUAUAUUAAGAGCUGGGAGGACAAUCAGCAAGGAGAUGAAGCACUGGACACCACCAAGGACCCCUGCCAGAAGGUGAAAUGCAGCCGCCACAAGGUGUGCAUCGCCCAGGGCUACCAGCGGGCCAUGUGUAUCAGCCGCAAGAAGCUGGAGCACAGGAUCAAGCAGCCUACCCUGAAACUCCAUGGAAACAAAGACUCUGUCUGUAAGCCCUGUCACAUGGCCCAGCUUGCCUCCGUCUGCGGCUCUGAUGGCCACACGUACAGCUCUGUGUGUAAGCUGGAGCAGCAGGCGUGCCUGAGCAGCAAGCAGCUGACAGUGAGGUGCGAGGGCCCCUGCCCCUGUCCCACGGAGCAGGCCACUGCCUCCAGCAGCGACGGCAAACCAGAGGCCUGCACAGGCCAGGAUCUGGCUGACCUAGGGGAUCGGCUGCGGGACUGGUUCCAGCUCCUCCACGAGAAUUCCAAGCAGAACGGCUCAGCCAGCGGUGCAGCUAGCCCAGCCACUGGGCUGGACAAGAGCCUGGGGGCCAGCUGCAAGGACUCCAUUGGCUGGAUGUUCUCUAAGCUGGACACCAGCGCUGACCUCUUCCUGGACCAGACGGAGCUGGCCGCUAUCAACCUGGACAAGUAUGAGGUCUGCAUCCGCCCCUUCUUCAACUCCUGCGACACCUACAAGGACGGCCGAGUCUCCACUGCUGAAUGGUGCUUCUGCUUCUGGAGGGAGAAGCCCCCCUGCCUGGCAGAGCUGGAGCGCAUCCAGAUCCAGGAAGCUGCCAAGAAGAAGCCAGGCAUCUUCAUCCCGAGCUGUGACGAAGAUGGCUACUACCGAAAGAUGCAGUGUGACCAAAGCAGUGGCGACUGCUGGUGCGUGGACCAGCUGGGCCUGGAGCUGACCGGCACCCGCAUGCACGGGAGCCCCGAUUGUGAUGACAUCGUGGGCUUUUCAGGGGACUUUGGGAGUGGUGUCGGCUGGGAGGAUGAGGAGGAGAAGGAGACUGAGGAAGCGGGCGAGGAGGCUGAGGAGGAGGAGGGUGAGGCAGGCGAGGCGGACGAUGGAGGCUACAUCUGGUAGAAGGCCCUGGGGAGCCGUGGCAGGCCAGGGUGCCCACGGCUGGGGAAGAUGGGCCAGCAGAGACCUGGACAGCAGCAGGUGAAUGGAUCCGGAAAAUCAGUCAGAAGGACCCUGGUUCCAACGGAGAAGACUGGGAGCGUGUGCAUAGCACGUGUGUGUCAAGUAUGGCUGGGAUGUUUGAGCGUGUGCGUGUGUGUGUGUGUGGCAUGCGCUGACAAAUGUGUCCUUGAUCCACACUGCUCCUGGCAGGGUGAUCACCCAAAGGCUCCUUCAGCCUCCUUGUAGUUAUUUUCUUUCCAACUGUUACACACACAUUUGCACAAAUACACCAACAACCAACAGGUCAAAAUUGAUGGCUUGAGACGCCUCCCAGCCCUGCCCUGACAGCCUGGGGUUCCUACCCUGCCUCCUCCUGGCCCUGCCUGCCUUUUCUCCCUCUCCACUUUGGGAUCAAGCUCCAGUUGGCUCUGGGAUCCCCAUCGCAGAGGGGAGGGAGGGCAGCAAGCUGACUACUGGCUGGGGAGCUCCCAGAGCUGGACCAAUUUAAGUUAGCCCUGACACUCCCACCAGGCUCAGAUGAGACAGACCGGGACACCCAGCACAGCAAACUCAGCCCACUGCUGAGUCCCCACACAGGAGAGAAGGUCUCCUAACCUAAGAGGAAAGGGAGGCUUACCUACCUGUCCAAGAUCCCGGGGGUGGAAGGAGCUCCCUCAGCAGGCGGUCUGCAGUUGUAGGUCCUGGGUUGAGUUUUAGGAGUGAAGAUGGACAGCCCUAAUGAAUACCAGACCCUGGAUAGCCUGGCCUGGCCUCAUGUGAGGCGGUGGUCCAGUUGGGGCUGCCCUCUUGGGGUGAGUGGGUGUGGUUCUGCCUGGCUUCUCCUUGGCCCAGCCCAGGAGUGCUAUUUCUGCCUCUGUCCUCCUUGCUGGGGUGCCCUUGCCCGCUCCAGGGAGCUGAGGACCAGGAGCAACAGGCGAGGGGCCUGGAGCUUGGCCAGAGGUAUGUGCCCACCUUCUUUCUGACCCCUUACCUAAAUGCUGCCCUCCUGACGGACCAAUAGAAAGACUUGUCCUGAGAUCUGGCAGAAGAAGGAGAUGCGGUUGUCUCCAUCUUUCCUCCUUAACCGAGAGGCCUUUCCCAGUCCCACUCCUCUCAGUUUGGGGUUUCCCACUGCCCUGCUUAGUGUCAUCUCAGGCUGCUGCAGCAGAGGGGUUCCCCAGGCCCCGACUGUGCCAGGGUCGUGAACAGCCAGGCAGCAGGGCAGGGUGGGGCAGCCAGGCUCUGAGGCCAGACCUUGCUGUUCCCCCAGUCUGACCAAGGGAGAGGAUGCCCCACGGGGCUUUUGUCACUGAGGUUUUCCCUGAUCUGUCCAGUUCUCCCUGUUGAAACAAAUUCCUUAAACACCUUUUCUGAAGAACUUCCUACUGGAACUUGGGCCUCUUCGGUGCAUGGCAAGUGUGUGUGUGCAUGUGUGUGUGAGUGAGAGUUCAUGUGUGUGUGUGCACGUGUGUGCAUGCAUGCAUGUGUGAGCGUUCAUGUGUGUGCAUGCAUGCGUGUG